GGGUGCAUAGCAACAGGUUAGCGAGCCUUAUGGAUCACAUUAACAUUCAACAGAACUGAUCAAAAAAGGGGGUAUUUACCUGUUAAUUCACUCUGGACUGUUUUCUAAAUUACAGAGAAGACUCUGGAAAAGAAUAGCAUGACUUGAGAGGACCAUGUUAAACAAUGACAGCAUACAUCCUACAGACAUUAUUUACAUGGACAUACAAGGGGAUCCUCUGCACCUGCAGGUUUCUGUGGAUAUGUCCUUACAAUGCAAUCAAAUUCCUACCAAGACAAAAGUGCAUCACAGAGGAGAAAAGCAGACAGGUGACAAGACAUGUCGCCUGUGGAAGCAAAGUGACAGCUGCCAUCCCAGGGAGCCCGGACCGCGUUAACGCGCUCCACAAACGAGUGACCAAAACUGAGAGAGAUAUCCUUUCGAUUAAAACCAAGAUCGCCUGUGAGAGAGCGUCCUGGGAGAAGAGAUUUUCAGAGCUGCAAAGACAACAUGAAGAGCUGCGUAAUCAGGUUUUCUCUGAGGCUGAUAUACUGCUAAAGGUGGGAACUUAUGAGGAGCAGAGAGACUACGGGGACAAUCUGGAUGAGCAGUCAAGUGGUUUUUCUCAACGUAAAAGAUCCAAAGUGUCAUCAAGAAGCGAAAGCCACUUAUGCAGUUCGUCAGGGAGCCAGGAAUCCUUAUCAACUGCACUGAGCUCAAGAUCUACUUCCUCUUUAUCUUCAGCCUCAAGUGUGCGAUCCUGGAAAUCAUCUCACGGCCCUCAUAGAGUUUUUGUCCCACACUCGCCCAUGGACUUGCAGCUGGGUCACCGGGUUAGGAUCAUGCUGCCAUCUGGCCGGAUAAGCACAGGAACUAUUCGUUUCUUGGGGCACCUGCAGGGGGAAGCAGAGUUCCACCUUGGUGUGGAGCUGCAGAGUCACGAUGCAUCACUGUGUGAUGGCAGUCACAAUGGACAGGCCUACUUUGAAUGCAAACCAGGACAUGGUGCCUUUGUACCAUUCCACAAGCUGCUGAUGGCCUGGGAAUGAAAGAAUGUCACUAUCAGCGUCAGCAUUAGACAUUAGUCAUAACCCGGUUAUGCAGACAUGGUAGUAAAUGUCAUAUAAAGUUCAGCCAAUUCACCUAACCAUGAUGUUUUUGGACUGUGGGAGGAAGCCGGAAUACCAGAAGAGAACCCACGCAAGUACAGGGAGAACAUGCAAACUCCAUGCAGAAAGACCCCGGGCCAGGAAUCAAACCUAGAACCUUCCUGCUGCAAAAUCAGGACCAGGAGAAAUGAAAUAAUUGUGUAAAGCAAAAGUUCUUUAGAGGUAUAUGAUU